AUGUCAUUGUCUACAUCAGUUGCUAGUUGUACUCCUCAAUUCGAACAAGAUGAUAACAAACCACUUUGGAACUAUGUCACACAAUUAGAAAAAAUUGGUGGUGGAGGAGGAAAUUUUUUAUUCAAAUGCCACUUUUGUAAUAACGAAUUCAAGGGGUCUUAUACAAGAGUUAAAGCCCACUUGUUGCAGAACACUGGUAUGGGUAUUCGUAUAUGUCCAAAAGUCACAUAUCAGAAUAUUGCAGAAAUGCAAAAAGCAAUUGAAGAAGCCGAAUUGAGAAUUAAAAAUUCUAAACCAAAAAAAGUUCCUUUGCCGCCGUCUAGUGCAUCAUUGGGUGGUACUACUAGUCUCACUCAGGAGGCUUAUGUACCAAAGAAAAGAAAGGCAAGUGGGGGUGCCAUUGGGAAGGCAUUUAAUAAUGAGGCUCGGGAACAAUUGCACUCAGAGAUUGCUAGGAUGUUUUAUUCCGCAGGAUUGCCGUUUCAUCUAGCAAGAAACCCGUAUUAUGUGAGUUCAUACAACUAUGCUGCAAAUAAUCCUCUGUCAGGUUAUUUGCCUCCGGGUUAUAAUCUAUUGAGAACCACUCUACUUCAAAAAGAAAAGGCAAAUAUUGAUAGAUUAUUGCAACCAAUUAGGAGUACAUGGAAGGCAAAGGGUGUUAGCAUUGCAAGUGAUGGUUGGAGUGAUCCACAAAGGCGGCCUUUAAUUAAUUUUAUGGCUAUGACAGAAGGAGGUCCCAUGUUUUUGAAAGCUGUUGAUUGUUCCGGUGGAAUUAAAGACAAGUUUUUCAUUUCCAAUUUGUUGAAGGAAGUCAUAAAUGAGGUUGGCCCCCAAAAUGUGAUCCAAGUAAUUACAGACAAUGCCCCAAAUUGCAAGGCUGCUGGACAACUAAUUGAAGGGCAAUUCCCUCACAUUGUUUGGAUACCUUGUGUGGUCCAUACUCUUAAUCUUGCCCUCAAAAAUAUUUGUGCUGCAAAAAAUGUGGAAAAGAAUGAAAUUGCAUAUGCAGAGUGUGGUUGGAUUCUUGAUUAUGCUGAUGAGGUUACAAUAAUAAAGAAUUUCAUCAUGAACCAUUCAAUGAGAUUAGCUAUUUUCAAUGAGUUUGUCAGCUUGAAGUUGCUUUCAGUUGCAGAGACACGCUUUGCUUCUGUUAUUGUGAUGAUGAAAAGAUUUAAACUUAUAAAAGGUGGUCUCCAAGCAAUGGUCAUAAGUGACAAGUGGACUUGCUAUAAGGAGGAUGAUGUAGGAAAGGCCGAUUAUGUGAGAGAGAAGCUGUUGGAUGAACAAUGGUGGGGAAAGAUUGAUUAUAUCCUUUCCUUUACUUCACCUAUUUAUGACAUGCUAAGGGCUUGUGAUACCGAUAAGCCUUGUCUUCACUUAGUUUAUGAUAUGUGGGAUACAAUGAUUGAAAAAGUGAAGAUGGCAAUAUAUAGGUAUGAAAGAAAGCGACAAAGUGAAAGUUCUUCCUUUUAUGAAGUGGUGCAUGGGAUACUUGUAGCUCGUUGGAACAAGAACAAUACUCCGCUUCAUUGCUUGGCACAUUCACUAAAUCCAAGGUACUAUAGUGAUGUGUGGCUUAGUGAAGACCAAAGUCGAGUUCCACCACACAAGGAUUUAGAGGUCUCAAGAGAGAGAACAAGGUGCCUUAAAAAAUACUUUAGUGACCCACAAGAGCGUUCAAAAGUCCAAUUGGAGUAUGCUAAUUUUUCAUCAAACUCGGGGGAAUUUGGGGAGAGUGAUUCUAUAUGUGAUAGAUAUACCAUGGAUCCUAAAAGUUGGUGGGUUGUACAUGGUUCAUAUGGUCCCUUGCUUCAAGAGUUAGCUUUGAAGUUGCUAGUCCAGCCUUCUUCCUCCUCAUGUUGUGAGAGGAACUGGAGUACUUAUUCUUUUAUUCACUCAUUGAGAAGGAACAAGAUGGCGCCACAACGGGCUGAAGAUUUGGUUUUCAUUCAUAGUAAUCUCCGUCUUCUGUCAAGGAGAACCCCACAGUACAAUGAAGGACGAACUAAGAUGUGGGAUAUUGCAGGAGAUGCAUUUGAUUCAUUUGGUGAUGUUGGGGUGCUUGAGGUUGCAAACCUCUCACUUGAUGAGCCAGAAUUAGAGGCGGUAUUAUUUACCGAUGAUGGAAGUGUUAAUGAUGAUGAGAUUCAUGAGACAAUUGAUGAUGAACAACAAUAGAUGAAUGCUGAUAUGUUCUUUUUUUUUUUGUUUUGGACUACCCUUUUGGUAUUGUAAAUGG